CCGCCCCCCCCGAAGUUUCUUGGGCCCCGGCAGCCCUCAGGACAGAACGCGCAGAGCCGCCGCCCGGCGGUCCGUGGAUGAAGGUGGCGGAUCCUGUGCAGCGCCGGGAGUGAGCGGCCGAGCGGCCGGACCUCAGCCGACUAGUCAUGGAAGAGGAGGGUGUGAAGGAGGCGAGCGAGAAGCCUCGGGGAGCGCAAACAGCGGAUAAGGCUGGCUGGAUCAAAAAGAGCAGCGGGGGCUUCCUGGGGCUCUGGAAAGACCGCUAUCUGCUCCUCUGCCAGGCCCAGCUGCUGGUCUACGAGAAUGAGGACGAGCAGAAGUGUGUGGAGACAGUGGAGCUGGGCAGCUAUGAAAAGUGCCAGGACCUUCGUGCCCUUCUCAAGAGGAAACACCGCUUUAUCCUGCUGCGGUCCCCAGGGAACAAGGUCAGCGACAUCAAGUUCCAGGCACCCAGUGGGGAGGAGAAGGAAUCCUGGAUCAAAGCCCUCAAUGAAGGGAUCAACCGAGGCAAGAACAAGGCUUUUGAUGAGGUGAAGGUGGACAAGAGCUGUGCCCUGGAGCACGUGACACGGGACCGCGUGCGUGGGGGCCAGCGGCGCCGGCCCCCUACAAGAGUCCACCUGAAGGAGGUAGCCAAUGCAGCAUCUGACGGGCUUUCGCGCCUGGACCUCGAUGUUCCCGACAGCGGGCCGCCAGUGUUUGCCCCCAGCAACGAUGUCACUGCAGUCCAGCCCCGGGAGACGUUCCAGCCCCCCAUGCCUCCUACCAAGCCUUCUCCAAUGCCAGAGACAACCAGUCUUGGUGAUAGAGUGGAGACCCCUGUGGGGGAGAGGGCCCCAACCCCUGUCCCAGCAAGCUCUGAGGCCCACCGUGAAACCCGAGAGGACUCAGAGACCCUAACUGGGGAGGACAGUGGCUCUGAGCAGCCCCCCAACAGGGUUCUGCCUGACAAACUGAAGGUGAGCUGGGAGAACCCCAGCCCUGAGGAGCCCCCUAAUCCUGAGAGUGUAGGACUGGUCCAGGUGCCCGGUUCUGAGACAUCCAAGGCUGUGCCCAAGGAGGGUGGGAAGCCCCCCGUCCCCCCACCCAAGGUCUUAUCAGAGAAACUGAGAGCCUCCAUGAGUGGCAUGGAGGCUUCCGGGCCAGCCCAGAGUCCUGGGGCCUCUGACACCUUGGCCCCAGGCCCAGCACAGGUCUCAGUGAAUGGUGUGGAUGACAGUCCUGAGCCCGUCAAGCCAUCCCAGGCCACAGACACCCCAGGAACUCCCCCAAAGGAUUCAUCAACAUCCAUAGCACUGCCUCCCGGGGACCCACGACCUCAGUUCCAUCCCCGCUGCUCCUCCCUGGGGGACCUGCUUGGGGAAGGUCCCCGACGUCCUCGGCAGCCUGGGGAGCGACUGUAUCGGGCCCAGCUGGAGGUGAAGGUGGCCUCGGAACAGACGGAGAAACUGUUGAACAAGGUGCUGGGCAAUGAGCCAGCCCCGGUGAACGCCGAGACAUUGCUUAGCCAAGCUGUGGAGCAGCUGAGGCAGGCCACCCAGGUCCUGCAGGAGAUCAGAGAUCUGGGAGAGCUGAGCCGGGAAGCACCUGGGCUCCAGGAGAAGCGGAAGGAGCUGGUGACCCUCUAUAGGAGAAGCGCACCCUAGGUUCUGCCAGGCCAGGGCACGGCCCUUCCUGGCCAGCUCAGUCCGUUAGAGCCCAGCCCUGCCGAGAAAUGUGCUUCCGUUCAGGCUGUAGAAGGGUCACCAGGCAGGUUGGGGUUUGGCCAGGACCUGCGGAGACUCCUGGGAUCCUUCCUGCCAACCUGGCUAGUGGUGCCAGGUGCCACCCAGGUGCUGUCUGGCCUGCCCUUGUUCUCUGGGCUUGGGCUGGGAGCACACACUCAGGUCCUCUGCUUGCGUGGUUGUUCCGAACAGCCCCAGGGCCUUGGCAUGGCACUUGGGGUUUCUGGGGGUGGCAUCAUCUCUGCUUCCCACCCUCAAUAGUUUACAUUCCUGACUUCUGAAUAGAGCACAGCUGAGCCCCCCCUGCAGCCUCCACGUCCAGAUGUUCCCAGGCAGAGAGCCUCAUGGCAGAGGCAGCUUCAAGCCAUAACCCACCCUCCCCACCCACCUAUUCAGAGUAGCCACUGAGGCCUGAGUCCGUAGUCUAGGUUCCUCCAGCUGAGUGAGACCUAGAACCUAGCUAGGGCCUCUGAAGACAGGUGGGGAACAUCUGCCUGAAAAGCCAUUAGCUGUGUGGCCCCUCCCCGGGCCUAUUUCCUAUUCUGCAGGCCUUUGCCUCUGGUGAGCCAUGACCGGAGGACUCCAGGGUGGAGGAGGAGCUCAAAGGGUGUCCUAGUCUAGUCUCUGCCCCUGGACCUGCUUGUGUCCAGCCUUGCACAUUCCUGUACAAGGUUAGCCCAGUGGCGACAUCAAAAAUCCUGCCUGUAAUUCACAUAAGUCAACCUUCAGAAGAGAAGCUGCCCCAGCUUCUUUGCCUCCUGGAUGGGAUUUACAUCUGGGUCUCUGUGGUUCCUUCUAGCCCCACACAGGUCCAGUAUCCCAGUCAUUUCUUCGAAUGCCCUUGGGAGUGUGUCGGGGUCUGAAACUGCUUCCUUCCCCCCUUUUUCCCUACCCCUCUGGCUCAGGCUCCCCAGGGACUUCUCCUCCUGCCUUGAGGAAGGAGUGUUUUCUCCUUCCUGGCCCAUGCCUGCACCCUGGGCCUCUCCCUAGCCCCUCCUCCCAUCAUCUCUGGCUCCAGGAGCACAUUGGGUCUCAAUCCCGCUGCAGCAGCUGGACUGAGCUCAGAGACUAUAGGUGCAGAGGCCCAGAGGGCCACUGCCACCGUCCCUGGGGCCUGUGGGAGUAGGAACAGCUUCUGACAGGUCUGCUCAGGGGGUUUCUGCAAAUGCACUUUCGUUUACUGAGAGGGAGGGUCACGGCUGCAUGCUCUGGCCUUCCUGCCCACCGCCCUACCCUCAGCCACCAGUCGUGCCCAAUGAGGCCUGUUGGUGCAGGUCACUGCCUUCUUUAUUCUGUUUCUAGUUGGUUCUUGAGGGUAGUGGGUUGGGAUCAGGAGAGGUAGGAGUCCCCUUUGUACCAGGCAGGGGUCGGGGGGAGCAGCAGUAUCAUGGCUUGUGAGACCCCACUGGCCUCCCCAAACCACAUCCCUUGAACAGACUAAGCUUCUUUGCCACAGUAUGCCUGUCUCUCCGUCUGUUUCCAGUAGGAGAGCAAGAAUGUCACCAUGUGCCCACAGUCACAUGGCCCCCCCCUGCAAUCUUCCUUGGGGAAAUAGCCUUCCCUCACCAGCAGCUUGGCUGGGGCUUUAGCCAAGUCAUCUGUCCAGGGACUAGAGGCUCAAUUACCUCCCCUUAUAAGUGACUAGACUGAGCAAGUUGCUCUAGGAUCAUCUCGGUGGCCUAAUGCCAUUUGUUCCUAUGGGGCUCCCAUACCUUGGCAGACUGUACCCAAGGAGGGGAAGCCAGGUUCCAGGGGAGGGGAGGAAGUUCUGGAAUAGUAGGGGCUACUUGGCUGUCUCCUUGAGGAGUAUGGCAUUCCAUGUUUUCUGCUUAUAAGCGCCUUUCUUGAGGUUUGGCAAUAAAUCCCUUCUUACAGAA